GGUAUUUGAACAUGUGCGUGUCAAUCGUGCACUUUCGUAUGUGUAUCGUACGAUCACUUUCUCCGUAACCAUCGAUCGUAAUUUUUUCGUGGACGGAAGUUUUUUUUUUCUUAUCUUACCAUUUAUUACAUCAUGAGUUGGGCACAAAAAAAUGCAAUUAAACGCGCGUUAAUUCGGUAUUAAAGUUCCAUGCGGUAUUGAAAAUUAUCGGUGAAGGUGCUGGAACGUUUAGUUUGUAUUGAAGUGCAGUGGAAACAAUGUAUAGUAAGUUGCUGACGAUUAUUUGGCUAAUUGCAUGUGUGGUACGAGAUGGAAGUGGUUUUACGAGUAGAGAAACGGUUAGGAAUCAACAGCUUAGAAGUUCAGUAAGCAUGGCUAACGCACCCGUCAUCAUCAACGCUACCGUCAAACACACAGCUUCGGUCAUUUUCCUUCAUGGUCUGGGAGAUACUGGCCAUGGUUGGGCCAGUGCAAUGGCAGGUAUUCGAGCACCUCACAUGAAAGUUAUCUGUCCAACAGCUAACCCUUUACCGGUAUCUUUGAACGGUGGAAUGAAGAUGCCUGCCUGGUUCGAUAUCAAAGGAUUAGAUAUGAAUUCACCCGAAGACAGCCCCGGUAUCACAAAAGCCACUGCUUACGUUCAUAGUCUAAUUGAAAAGGAAAUCAGCGAAGGGAUUCCUUCGGAGAGAAUCAUUGUUGGUGGAUUUUCACAAGGUGGAGCGUUGGCAUUACGAGCAGCUUUAUCGUUCAAUAAGAAACUCGCCGGAGUUGUUGCUUUGUCUUGUUGGUUACCUUUGCAUAAAGAGUUUUCACCGUCCCAAGUAACUGCAAAUAAGGAUAUACAUAUUUUACAAUGUCACGGGGACUGUGAUCCUAUCGUAUCGUAUAAUUUUGGUCAAUUGACUGCUUCGGUUUUGAAAAAAUUCACCCAGAAUGCCGAAUUUAAAACGUAUUCCGGUGUUAUGCAUUCCUCAUCUGAAGAAGAAAUGGACGAUAUCAGGGAUUUCUUGCGAUCGCGAAUUCCAGCUAUUUAAUUUCUGUACGUAGCCAAUCCUCUAUUACAUAGAAAAUAUAUACUCAAGAGACCCCUCCGAGGCAAUACGACACCUUUUUUUUUCAUUUAGUGUACUUAUACGCAUAAAUAAUGUUGUAAAAACCCUGUUUCGACAAUUUUGUUGAAUUGUGAUUGAUCGAAGAGAGAAAAAACUCCUCUGGAAUUGUAUACAAUUGAACCUAGAAAACCCACCGUGUCGAGGAGUUUCUACAUAUUUUACGUAUUUCUAGUUUUAAUUUUGAUUCCUACUUUUUUUUUCACUUUGCUCAUUAAUUUCCUUGAAUGUUGGUUCGAGUUGAUGACACGAAUCGAACAAAUGUUUCCCGAAAAAGAAAUCGAAUGAUACUGUCUUUAUGUUUUUUAAGAAUUUAAUUCUUCUAAUUACCUACAUCGCUGCAAAUUGAAAAUAUUCCUACGUCAUUUGUUUGAAAAAAAAAAUCGUGUAUUAUCGAGUCUCUUUUUACCAACAAUAAGUAAUACUCGUUGUAUUUAGCUUGAUUUCCCUGUUAGUAUUAGUCGUCUAUUCAUUAAAUAUUAUACUUUUCGUGUAAAAUAA